AGUCUUACAAAUGUUCCGUGUGUGAGAAGAGCUUCAACCAAAAGGGAAAUUUGAACCAACACAUGCUAGUGCACACUGGUGAGAAACCUUUCUCCUGCUCUGUCUGUGGCAAGUGCUUCACCCAGAAAGCCAACCUGACUGCCCACCAGCUCUCCCACACAGGAGAGAAGCCUUUCUCCUGUUCCGUCUGUAGGAAGGGCUUCACUCAGAAAGCAUAUCUUAAACAACACCAGAAACUGCACACUGGAGAGAAGCCGUACGCCUGCUCCGAGUGUGACAAGAGGUUCACCUUCUGUACAUCCUUGAAAAGACACCAGCUGCAACACACAGGAGAGAAACCGGACUCGCUAAGUUGUAAAGAAAUACACCAGCAAUCGCACUGCAAAAAAGUCGAGGAGAGUCUCUCUGCAUCAGCAGCAGAACCUGAACAACACCAGGAGAAUCACAAAACUAAGACGUCGUCUCACUGCUGCUCAGAAUGUGGGAAACAUUUUAAAAAUUCAUCGUCUCUACAGACCCACAUGAGAAUCCACACGGGAAAGAAGCCAUACCCCUGCCCCGACUGUGGGAAGAAUUUUGCUACAAAAGGAAGUUUGAAUUUGCACCAGAGGUCACACACAACAGAAGCAGAGAAACCCGUCCACUGUGAGAAGGAGAACACAUCACAGGGGCAGCAGAUGGUAUCUGAUAACUUACAGGACCUCUGUCAAACACUGGGGCUGAAGGCUAAAGUCGAAGAGGAGGAGGAAGAGGAGAAGGAAGAGGAGGAGGAGGAUGGAGAAGGGCCGACGGAUAAUGCAGAGGAAGUUGGAGGGCUGAUUAAUUCUGAUGGAGAAGAAGUUGACUGGGGUUCUGUUCAACAUAGUGAGAGUCCUGUCCGUGGCUCUGGUAGUCUCAUUAUAACCCAUAAUACCAACCUCUCUCUACAGGUGAGAGUCCUGUCCGUGGCUCUGGUAGUCUCAUUAUAACCCAUAAUACCAACCUCUCUCUACAGGUGAGAGUCCUGUCCGUGGCUCUGGUAGUCUCAUUAUAACCCAUAAUACCAACCUCUCUCUACAGGUGAGAGUCCUGUCCGUGGCUCUGGUAGUCUCAUUAUAACCCAUA